AUGAAGGCAAAACCUCCAGAAUUUCAUGGAACAGUGGACCCUACGGAGGCAAAGGCAUGGGUACUAGAGAUGGAGAAAAUAUUUGAUGUUUUAGGUUGUUCAGCAGACCAGAAGGUGGCCUUUGCAGCUUUUAGGUUCAAGGGUCAAGCAGAGCAUUGGUGGCGCAUGGUGAAGCGUCAACAUGAGGGUAGAGAAACAGAGCUAGUGUGGAGCAAGUUUCUAGAAUUGUUUAAUGAGAAAUACUUCCCUGAAGCGGUGCGAAGGCAGAAGCAAGUGGAUUUUCUCAAUUUGAAGCAAAAUGACAUUUCAGUGGCUCAGUAUGAAGCCAAGUUUGCGGAGUUGUUGAGGUAUGCCCCACAUCAGGUGGCCAUAGGGGAAGAUAGAGUGAUGUUGUUUGAGAAUGGCUUGCAGUCAGAGAUCUAUGCAAAAGUAGCUAUUUUGGAGAUGAAGACAUAUUCUGCAUUGGUAAGCAAGGCAUUACAAGGUGAAAGGGGAGUAGAAGAGGAAAAGAGAGCUGACGAACAAAACGCUAAGGAACCACAAAACAAGAGACUUAAAGAGGAGAGACAAGUAGAGCAUCGUGGUGGUGGUAGCAAUCCUAGCAAGAAGCCUUACACCCAACGUCAGUGUGGCAAGCCUGAGCAUCUCUCUGCACAAUGUAGGUCUAAGGGACUGGGAGGUCAGUCAGUAGCACAGUCAUCUCAGGGGCAAGGGCAGAGACGAACUUUUUAUAGCGGUAGCUUUAACCAGAAGCAGAAUAAUAGCAAAAGUGGGACUACCCAAGGUCAGACAUCUGGGAAUGGGACUCAGGAAAAGAAGUCAGCGGCUACCCAAGGACGUGUUUAUGCUCUCACUAGAGAGAAGGCUGAGGUUGCUCUAUCUGUGGUGCAAGGAUCUACACAUUCUUUUGCUGCACCUAAGUUUCUACGUUGUUUGUCUAUUCCUUGUGAGCCUUUGGAUGCAUGUAUUGCUGUUUCUACUCCAUUAGGAGAAACAGUAGUGUCAGGGGAUGUUUGUAGAUCUUGUGAGAUAAAGUUAGAUGCUUGUGUGGUGAGUACCGAACAACCAGAGCAGAGGUUAGAGGAGUUGCCUGUAGUAAGGGAAUUUGUUGAUGUUUUUCCAAAGGAUCUACCCAGUCUUCCUCCAGACCGUGAGGUCGAAUUUUCCAUUGACUUGAUCCCUAGUACAACACCUAUCUCUAAAGCACCCUAUAGAAUGGCACCGUUGGAGUUGAGGAAGUUACAAACUCAGUUACAGGAGUUGCUAGACAAAGUGAGUAAAGAUGGGGUAUAUGUGGAUAGCACCAAGGUGACAGCAAUUGUUGAUUAG